AUGAAGAAUGUGAAGAUUUCUACUUUCCCACUGCUUUUUGUGUUUGUGCAAGCCUGUUUAGCUCAAGCCGACUUUGCCCCCUACUUUUUCGACAAUGGCCAAUACAGUAAUAGUGGGAAUCUGGCACUGUUCAGCCUGUCUGAGGACACCCCUGUUGGUACACAGAUCUAUCAACUUAAUGGCACAGACCCUGAAGGCCAGGAGGUAAGUUAUGGUCUUUCCUUUGACCCGGGAUCAAAGGAGUACUUCAGAGUCGACCCAAAAUCUGGAAAUAUUACAUUAGUGGAAAAGUUGGAUAGAGAGAAACAAGAUUCAGUUGAUGUUAAUAUCAGCAUCACAGAUGGAAGAAGUAAGGUUGUUGAACGAGUCACAAUAUUUGUAAUGGAUGCAAACGAUGAAAAGCCAGAAUUCCAAAACAUGCCUGCAAUCAUAGAUGUAUUGGAAACAACUGAAUCUGGGAAAAGUAUCUACAAAGUGGAAGCUGUGGACAGAGACACAGGCUCUGGAGGCUCAGUGACCUACCAUCUCCAGACACCUCAGUCCAGUUUGUUUGCAAUUGACAUAAACAGUGGAGUGGUGCGUAUCAGAUCCGGACAAAUGUUGGAUUACGAGAAAACCAGGACACACUUUGUUACUGUCAUUGCAAAGGAUGGCGGCGGCAACUUGAAUGGCAAGGAGCAAUUUAUGUCAUCCACUGCAACACUCACUGUCAACGUGGUUGAUGCACAAGACACUCCACCAUUUUUUAUUGGAACCCCCUACUUUGGCUAUAUUUAUGAAGUCUCAGCACCAGGAUCUGAAAUAUUUACAGUUAGUGCCGAAGAUGGUGAUGUUGGAAACCCAAACCCAGUCAUCUACUCGAUAGAUGAGGGCGAUGAUGGUGUUUUUGGCAUCAAUGAAACAAGUGGUUCCAUCUCCCUGCUGGUUGCUCCCAUUUAUCUGAAGAGAGAACUCUUUAACAUUAAAGUCAGGGCAUCAGAGGUAAGCACCGAAGACAAAAAAUUGGACUAUGAGGUGACAACAGUGGUGGUACGUGUGGUGGACUUGAAUAAUAAUCCACCAACCUUUUAUGGAGAGAAUGGCCCACAGAAUAUGUUUGAGCUGACAAUGUAUGAGCAUCCACCAGAGGGAGAGAUACUCAGAGGACUGAAAAUCACAGUUAAUGACUCUGAUAAGGGUGCAAAUGCCAAAUUUAAUCUGAGGCUGAUUGGACCAGGGAGAAUGCUCCGAGCCGUCCCCCAGACUGUGCUCAAUGAGGCCCAAGUCACCAUCUUAGUAGAGGACUCUGCUGCUAUGGAUUAUGAGAAGCACCAGUUUCUAACAUAUAAGCUGCUUGCAGUUGAGAUCGACACUCCAGAGAGAUUUAGCGCUACAGCAGACAUUGUUAUUCACCUCCUAGACACCAAUGACAACGCUCCUAAAUUCUCCUCUGAUUACUACAUCGCUAGAAUUCCCGAAAAUUCACCCGGCGGCUCGAAUGUGGUGUCAGUCACGGCUUUAGACCCUGACUCAGGACCAUGGGGAGAAGUCAAGUACUCUAUCUAUGGAUCGGGGGCUGACCUAUUUCUUAUCCAGCCUACAUCUGGGAUUAUUUACACCCAGCCUUGGGCAAGUCUGGAUGCUGAGGUGAGAUCUAAGUAUAACUUCUAUGUAAAGGCAGAGGAUGCAGAGGGAAAGUAUAGCCUGGCUGAAGUCUUUGUGACCGUGCUGGAUCUGAACGACCAUCCACCUGCUUUUAAUGAUAAUUUCCUUGAGAAGACCAUGGUGAUUGGAGCCCCAGUAAAAAUAGAGGCUGUAGAUGAUGACGCUGAGGUACCAAACAAUGUUAUUGAGUAUGCCAUCAUGAAAGCUGAUCCGGACAACAACAUCUUUGACAUAGACUCUGACACAGGAGAAAUUAAGCUAAAGUCUUACAUCAAGUCAAUGGCUAUCAUUCAAAACAUUACCAAGAAGAGAGACUGCAGCUGGUCCUUGGUGGUCCAGGCCCGAGAUCGCGGUCAGCCAUCCUUCAGCACCACUGCAGUCGUCAAGAUCGACAUCACUGAAGCUACUCAACUCAAAGGGGGGCCUUUGGGAUCAUUGUUAUUGCUGAAUAGAAACAACCCUUUACAAAUCAUAGGUAUGCUCGUCGCUAUCAUUAGCCUCAUGGUGAUAGUUACUGUCAUCAUUUCAACUGCAUCAUUCUUGCGCAACAAAAAGUCCAAUCGCAUCCUGCCAAAUCGCCGUGUACGGAGAAGGCAGCGGAAGCAGCAUUUCUGGAACUUCAGAAGCCCCUUUAAGUCAUCAGAGACCCCGAAAGAGAAUUUCACCAUUCAAGAGGAGCAACAGGGGCCAGAGGUGAUUGUGGAGAAUGUCAACUACAAUAACAAUAUUAGCAAUGUUGUAAGACACUGGCCCCCACCACCUUGUGCCCCCGCUUUGCCCCCUCCACCACCCACCUAUGUCCCAAGAGAGCGGCACUGGACCAUACCCACAGUUUCUGCAACUGUCACCACAAAGCCGAAACAAAGGCCAGUUAUAGACAGAAGGGACACUGUGAACAAAGAAUUAGUUUCAGAGCUGAAGAUGAGACUGCAGCAGAAGAAAAUACAUGUAACAGAGACUUGA